AUGGGGCGGUGGGAGAUGGGCGAGUUUGGUCUCGUUGCAGCUUUGCUGCUGGCCGUGGGCAGCUGCAUCGUUGGUGCUGCCACCAGUGACCCGCCUUUAACUGGGAUCCCCUUGGAUAGCCCUUUUGAGCCCGCUUGCAAUUGCGCAAUAAUCUUCGAUACCGGCAAGCAGGUGCGCAUCUCGAUUUUGUCUCCGCAAGUGGCGCGGAUCGAGUACGAUCCCACUGGCAACUUUACCGACUUGGCCACGUUGCAGUUUGUCAAUCGAGACAAUCACGCCCAGGUGGCAAUCAACUCAAGCCGGGAGGGAGGCUGGCUCAACGUUUCCUUUCCAAACGCUGCCCAAGCCCACAUCUCUGGAAUCAGCUUGCAUGAAGCCGCUUUGGCACCAGGUGCCUGUAACCCCAACACCUGGCAAUCUGGCACCGAUGUGGUUUGCAAUGGCAAAUGCCAGCGCAGUGCCGCCUACCCGAACGGUGCCCCGGCCGAGACCGUCGCCGACUGCUGUCAGCUGUGCAGUAGCCAAGAAGACUGUGCCACCUUUGUCUACGAUAGCCACGACCACGUCUGCUUCAUGUUGCAGCCAGGCACCGUCACGGGCACGCAGCCUGCUGCCAAUCGUAGCACAAGCUUUACCGCCCGCCCCCUUGAUGGUCUAGUCUUCGUGUCCGGCACUUUUUCAAACGGCUCGACAUGGGAGUUUGUUCUCGGUGAAGCCGAUCCUCGCAACUUGCUGGGCACCAUCGGACCUACCCCCUCGACCGAUCUUGCUGGCUGCUGCAACAACAGGUGGGUCGAUGCAACGCGCGGGCUGCGCUCGUUGCAGGAUGAUUACAUUUUUGGCUGUGGAUCUGACUACGCGCAAUGCUUGGGUGCCUACACGGCCCUCGCCGGUAACAUCUCCAUGCCGCCUUCGCAUGCGUUGGGCGUCUGGUGGUCCCGACACUGGGGUGUUCCGGAAGACGGCGCGCCCUUUGGACCCAUGACCGAGAACAACAUCAAGACCGAGGUCGUUGACCAGUAUUUGGCGCGCGAAUUGCCGUUGCAAGUGGUCGUGACGGACAUGGAGUGGCACUCGAUGCUCUCGCCCACAGAUUGCGCAACCUUCAUCGGAGUCAAGGGCUGGGGUGGCUACACUUGGAACAACACCCUGUUUAGCGACCCACACGAAUUUGUCGAAUAUCUUCAUGCCCGAGAUAUCAAACUCGUUCUCAACUUUCAUCCCGAUGAAGGUGCGGUCUUUUUGGUCUCGGUUUUGAAACUGCUAAACAGAGCCAAAAGAAAAGCACGGCAAGCAGCAACCGCGCUAUCCAGCCUCAUGCCUGUGACGUUGGUGGCGAAACAGGCAUUGACCGAUGCCAAGCGCAUUACCAAGAUAUGGCUCAGGCGCUGGGUGAGGGUCAAACGUUUAGAGCCAAAGCGUGCUGCUAUUCCUGUCUCUGAGGUGCGCAUUCAGGAGCAAUUGAAGGAUCACACCGUACCCCGAUUGGGUUUUCUGGAGAUACCCUGCGCCGAUGGGACACGCUUGCCUAUGAGGUCACAUGACAUCGGCGGCUUUAGUGGUGGUGAAGUGGACGCUGCUCAUCACACCGAGUCACCCGAGCUCUUCUUGCGCUGGCUACAGUUUGCCGUGUUUGCCCCAAUUUUCCGAACCCACUGUCGCUAUUGUGAGCAGCGAAUUUGGACUUUUGGUGAGCCAUGGUAUGGCUUGAUGCGGGAGACCAUGCUGCUCCGAAGCAUGCUGGGGCCUUACAUCUACACCCAGGCACGACACACUUAUGAAACGGGCGUCGGUCUAGUGCAUCCCCUAUACUACGAAUAUCCUCAGGAUGAAGAGGUCUACGGGUUGACGGCGCAGCACAUGUUUGGCGAAGAUGUCUGGGCUGCGCCCAUUGUGCAGCCAAGUGGGCCUGCCGACUCGACCAUCAAGGUCUUCUACGUUCCCGUAACAGAUGAGCGUGGCAGCUGGUGGGAUAUGCAGCAAGGAGGCAUUCCUAUCCCGGGUCUAACAACGACGAGAGUGUCCAACAACACGCUACCGUGGUUUGUGCGGGCCGGCGCACCCAUCCCGUUGAGGAGCAAUGCCACACGCUUUGAGGAUGUCACGGCCAAUUUGACAUGGUUGCUGGCCCCUGCGCGCACUGACACGACGUUUGCGCGUGUCUUGUAUGAGGACGACGGCGAGAGCAUGGCCGCAUUCACCCAAGGCGCGUACUUGCAAACGAACGUGCGCGCGGUGCACAACGCUUCGGGCUUGCGCCUUGAAAUUGAUGCGGCUGAGAACCCGUCUGGUGCAUUCAAGCCCACCGUCUCUGAGCGCACGCUUCGGGUCGUGCUCCUGGGCGUGGUCGACCCGCGCGGUGUCCUUGUGAAUGGCGCAACGGUCGUCACCAAGACGGUAAAGCUGGACGAGCUCGUUCCCCUGGCAGGUUCAUACGAAUGCACCCUGGUGACCAUCCCGGCUUUGGCCUUGACCGCGACGCUGAGCCUCGAGGUUGCUCUAUAA